CAACCGUCGGGGCACGCGCCCUGCCCGAGCCCACCGCCCCUGCUCCCUCCUCCGACCCUGUGAGCCGUGGCGGUUGCCAGAUGUCCACAAUGGGAAACGAGGCCAGUUACCCGGCGGAGAUGUGCUCCCACUUUGACAAUGAUGAAAUUAAAAGGCUGGGCAGGAGGUUUAAGAAGUUGGACUUGGACAAAUCAGGGUCUCUGAGCGUGGAGGAGUUCAUGUCCCUGCCGGAGCUGCGCCACAACCCGUUGGUGCGGCGAGUGAUCGACGUCUUCGACACCGACGGUGAUGGAGAAGUGGACUUCAAGGAAUUCAUCCUGGGGACCUCCCAGUUCAGCGUCAAGGGCGACGAGGAGCAGAAGUUGAGGUUUGCGUUCAGCAUUUACGACAUGGAUAAAGAUGGCUUUAUUUCCAACGGGGAGCUCUUCCAGGUGCUGAAGAUGAUGGUGGGCAACAACCUGAUGGACUGGCAGCUCCAGCAGCUGGUCGACAAAACCAUCAUCAUCCUGGACAAGGAUGGCGAUGGGAAGAUAUCCUUUGAGGAAUUCAGUGCUGUGGUCAGAGACCUGGAGAUCCACAAGAAGCUGGUCCUCAUCGUGUGAGCCUUUUUCUUACAAGCACCACCCAACAAAUUCUGCUUUCUUCCUUCUCUUUCAAGAUUUGCUCAAGACGUCCAACUGUCUUUCUGACUUAUCUGGAAGUAUUUCUUAUUGUGAAGCCAUAUGUCCUAACAGGAGCUUCAUCACCAACUCAGUGCUAUUAAUUCUCCUUCUCUGAAUGACUCAGUGUACCCUAUAGGGGGAAGAGCAAGUCAAAUGAACAUAGUGGGGAAAGAAAAGGAAAUGGCUUUUAUAAACAUCUUUUUCUUCGUUUUGAUUCAAAGACCAAACUAGAACUUUAAAAGUUCAAAAAUAAGAAAAUAUACAUUUUUGCUGUUA